UCAUAUCCAUACAAGAUACAUCCUUUAAGAAUAUCCACCAAAAUUACCAUUAUAAGUUAUACCAUUCAUCAGACGGAUAAAUGAGUUCAACUUCUCCUCAACAUUCCUUAUCGUCUCCCGCUACUACAAUUAAUGAUAACAAUGCAGUAUUACCAACACCGACCUCCUCAACUUCAGUUAACCUUCGACCCUUCAAUGGCAAUUCAAAUGCUAAUGGAAACAACAACAACAACACCAAUCUGCUUCAAAAAAAGAAAGAACUAGAGCAACAAAUUAGUGAGAAGCAAAAAUUACUGGAAGAAUCUAGCAGUGGCAUAGGUAAAAAUGUGUUAGCACGACAAAUCACACAGUUACAAAAUAAGAUACAAGAAAUAGAAGAUAAAAUAAACAAUGGCGAAAAUGUAAACGAUACGCUAUCUGAGCCCCUUUCAGCCUCUUCCUCUUCCUCUUCAAUGGAAAAGUUGAGGUCCUUAGAAAGAGACGUGGCAAAUUACAAAGCACACCCUUUAUCACCUGGAAUAUCCUCUAUUCGCAACAAGGAGAAGUUGCUAAACCAACGUUCUUCACCAUCCACAUCAACAGAUAAUAGCGGUGACCCAUUGCCCAGUCCCAGCGCUUCGACUUUAUUACCACCACAUAUUGCAGCACACCAGCAUAAUCUUCAUCACUAUGAUUCUCCAUCAUCAUUACUACCAUUACCCCCUCCACCUACAGGCUCAACUCCUACAAAACGUCGAUCUAAAGUGCCUACGUCUGACCGUAGAAAUACAGAUAUAGAGUUCGCCACUGAAAUUGGCCAGGGGUUACUAUUGGAAGUAAGGAAAAUGCAAGCUUUAUUACAGGAGAAAGAAGAGAAACUACGAACCUUGGAAAUCCAAAAAGCAGAUUUAGAAAGGGCUGCAGAAGCCAUGGCAAAGCAAAUGAGGCAGAGAGAGGAGAAUGAAGAGAAAUUGAAAGAAGAGACAUGGAAUUUAGAACUUGCGAAACAAGAGCUCGUGAUAAGUGUAACGGAAUUGCAAUCCAAUCUUACAAAAGCAACUGCAGAGCAAACUAAACUAGCAAAACAAGUAAACGACCUUAGAGCAGAAAUUGAGCAGCUGCGCGAUAGAGAAGAAAAGUUGACAGCCACUAUUGAGGACAUGAAACAACGUCAUGAACAGGACAUGACUUCCAUACGUAGACAUACCGCUGCAAUUCAACGAGAAAAAGCUGAUCAAACAAAGCAAAUCGAAACCCUCACAUCUGAAUUAGCUAUUGCUAAAGCACAAUCUCGUAUCGGCAAACAUGCAUCGAUCGAAAGUGAGUUGAAUAGUCGAGCUGGUCAAACUGGAAAUCAAACCGAUUCAGAUCAAACAAAAAGUACGGCUGCUGUGAAGGACGAUAGGUCACCCACUUCUUCGCCGCCUUCUUCGCCCAAGUUAUCACCUGCGCGCAAUCAAGCCAUGGAAGUAGAAACUUUAAAGACAUCGCUUGCUCAUGCUCAUCGUAUGGUCUCCAAUUUAAGGUCCAAUCUGCAUAAAGAAAAGACAGAAAAGUUCGAGCUGAAAAAAUUAUUAGCAGAAUCACAAGAGACGAUAGAACAGCUACAAAACGAUCCCCGUAUGUGGGUGGAUGCUGGUCCCAUUCGGAAUGGUGGAUCAUCAUCCAAUGGCUACGGGCGUAACAAUGAAGACACGGGACGCCGUUCACAUAAAGCAUCUACCACGGCUUCAUCCAGACGACGUGCCAAGAAAAUGAGUAUGACGACAGCAACAGCUCGUAAUGCUCGUAUGUUCAAAGGCCAAAAAAGCAAUAGCAACAAUAUCAGCGAUACAGAUUCUGUAUAUUCUUACUCUUCAGUUUCAUCAGAAAAUAGUGAGGAAAACGAAUUCUACGACGAAAGCGAUGCAGCCAUUGAUGUUACGACGAAUACUAGUAAACGUAGGCCCCGCUCUUCUUCAAUUGUAAGCAAUGUCAAAAAGCAGCGUCAAUGCCAGCAACAACAACAGCAACAAUUUACACCUUUGUCAUCAGAAUUAUCUCAAAGCUUAAGUAAACCGGUGUUGGUUGAUGCGGAAGUCAUGACAGACCCAAUCGAUCUUUAUAACACAGCUUCUUUCAAGGAUAUAUCACGCGAGAAAUCCUACAACCAAGAGCAAUCCUCAAAUCAAUACCAAAAAGUACGAACAUUGGAAGAUGAAUUGGGUAUGGCAACUCAAAAUGCGCAACAAUCGCCUCCUUUUAUACCUAUAGCUGAAAAAAAUGGAAAUACAUCAGAGCAAUCUGAUUCUGCUGUCGCUGGCGCAGUCACCAUGGGCAUGGGUAAUUUGUUGGAAGAACUCACAAAGUCAAGCAUCAAAGAAGUGAAAACAGGUGUGGAAAUGGCGAUACAAACUGAUAUUCAACCUGGUUCAGAAAUGUCUACCCAAACUGAUCUUUUCGAGGAAAAGGGUUCCGAAACAGUUGACGUGCUUAUCCAAACAGACGAAAUUGAAGAGGAACCUAAGCCGCCAAAGGCAGAAAUAGCAAUACAAACACAAGCCCCAGAUACCGCUGAGAUUUCUGUACAAACCGGCGAUGAGCUUACGCCUGCAGUCUUUGAUGUGUGUAUGCAGACUGACGCUGAGAUCCCACUGAUAACAAAUGAAAUCUCCACGCAAACGGAUGAAGAGGAGAAACCUACAACAGCUGAUGUGUCAAUGCAAACUGAAACAGCUGAGAUAUCAGAAACUUUCAUCCAAACAGAUCCUGAACUUCGAGCUAAAACAGCUGAAAUUUCUAUUCAAACAGAUGUACAAGUUAAGUCUUGUAUGCUUGAAGCAUCAAUGCAAACAGAUCCAGAGUUCAAGCCUGAGAUUGUCGAAGUAUCUAUUCAAACUGAUAGCGAACUGAAGCCAGAGACUAUGGAUAUAGUCACCCAAACAGAUGCAGAAAGCAAACCCAGUACUGCCGAUAACUCUACACAAACUGAGCAAGAAGAGAGCAUCAUUCCGAACAUAACUGCAACUGCUGCUUCAAUUGCCGCGGUAGCCACAACGGUAAAUGGCAACAAAAUUACAACACCAAACUAUCUUGAAGCCUCUGUUCAAACAGAUACGAGAUACAUAGUAGAAAGUACAGUUGAAUUUGUCGAAAUGGCUAUUCAAACCGAUGAUGAGCCGUUUGUCGAAACUUUCGAAACCUUUGCACAAAUUGAGAAACUUGAGCAGAAAGCUGAAAGUGUUAACUCUCGUCUGGAUGCCACUGAAAUAGCUGAACGAGAUGAAACUCUUCAAAGACAACAAUUCUUAAACACUUCCAGCUCAAAUGCAGCUCGUCAAGCUGCUGAGGAUCCUAGCGCAACCACUGCCGCUCUCACCACUAGCAUUUCGACAUCUUCAUCAAGCGUUGCAGGUGCCGUUGAUGAAGAAACACAAUGCGACCUAGCUGAGUUCAAACCAUUAAUCGUGGAUCAGGCAACACAGUCAGAGGAAGUUUCUGUGGUAGACCGAGAAACUCAGUAUGUUUCUGUUGACAGUAUGAAUUCUGAUGUUGGAAAUGAUGCGAAGAAAGCAGUGGAUGCUCUGAUUCAAUGUGACACUGCCCAAACUAGAGACUUUGACGUACAAUGCGAAAAUGUAGAGACGAAGGAUGCAGGAGUUCAAUAUGUCGUGGUGGAGGAGCAAACUCAUGAUAAGCUCAACACGAAAACAGCUCUUGGAAGCGAUUUAUUAGCCUAUAGUCCCGUAAUUAAAAAAGAUGUGCGUGAUCCAACCGACAUUGCACCUGGGAUGGGUAUUACUAACACUCGCUUUAAGAAAGAGAUUGCUGAUAAAGAUGCUGAUAACAAUUCAGAUGUGUUCUACGAAGCAGAAGAGAACUACGGUAAUGUCAUUGUACAUCUUCCAGCGGAAACAGUUAAUUCUGCAUUCGAUGACUAUUAUAAAAGUAGCAAGCAUCUACCUGUUGAGUUAUCUGACGGCCCAACCGUCAUUCAUCAAUCAGCACCAAAGGGUGACGAAGUCAGAAGCAGAGAUACCCUUAUGCCUGUCAUAUCCCGCAUCAACGAUUUACCAGCUACUAUUGAAGUAAAGACACCAUAUUUAUCAUUUGACGCAAAAGAUUCCACUAUAUCAUCGGAUAUCUCUGAAUCAGACAUACCACCCCGUCCUUCGAAUCCCCCACCUGCUGCUUUGCUUGAAAAAGCAGGUCGCUUAUCCAUACUGGGUAGUGAUGCUCAAUCUUCGGUAGCUACUUUACCUUCGGCGAAGGGCAAUAGGUCGCUUUAUCACCCUAACUUAUCAACGGAAAUACUAGAUCAGCAACAGCAACUACAAGUGGCACCAGCUAGUCCAGAUUCACCCCUGCCGCAUCAACAACUUGUUUUAGAAAAGGGCAAUACUAUUACUAGUGUUCUUAGUUCCUCUACUGAGAAUACUAAUGAACAACUUCAGUCAGUUACAUCAUCUAAUGACGAGCCCAAUGGCAAUCGCGGUAACAUAAUCGGAAAUGAAAUAGAAACAACAAUUCCGCAGUCUUUGACUUCAAGCUCAACAGAUCCAAGAAUUAUCAAUAUGAUUACUCAGACCAUGAUCGGCGACUGGUUAUGGAAAUACACAAGAAAAACCAUGGGCAGCGGUAUAUCAGAAAACCGACACCAACGCUAUUUCUGGAUUCAUCCCUAUAGUCUUACAUUAUAUUGGUCUACGAAUGCGCCUGGUGUAGAUUUGAAUGAAGCCAAAGCAAAGAGUGCCUUAAUUGAAAAUAUCAAAACUGUUUCUGAUCAUAACUUGAAUCAUAAUGAUCUUCCUAAUGUCAGUUUGUUGAUUCAAACAAGCUAUCGUCAGUUAAAAAUAACUGCUCCCACUAUCGAAAAGCAUGAACUCUGGCUUGCCUCUAUUUCUUAUCUUUUGGAUCGUGUCGAACAAGGUUCUACUGCAGGAUUAACAUUAUUGAGAAACGCCAAUAGGAAAAUAGAUACCAUGGGCGGCAGUUAUACAACAAAAUCAAUUUCAAGCAGCUUAAAUAACGGUGGUGGUAGCAGCACCUCUGGAUCUUUGUUUACUCGACCCAACUUCCGAAGAAUACAAGAGAUAUUUCACUAUCCUUCAAUCUCGACCACAUCAAAUGCUACUGCGCGGUCCUCCUUCGUCGCAAACAGAGCCUCUGCUAGUGCUGACCAUAUUGGUUUAGGCAGUGGUCGUAUAGAAGCUAUUCAAGAUGAUGAUGAGGCUAUAGAAGAUGUUCGUAUGUGCUGUAACGGCAAGCAUCACGUGUCUAAGCUGGAAAAGACUCAUAAUCACCAGCAUCAUAACCUCCAUCACAAUUAUCGUAAACGUAAAAGCCUUAGACGUGGCCGAAGUACAGUGAAAACUAUAGGAUAGGUCACCAAUUUUUAUAGAAAAAGAACAGCUCUCAUAGUACCUUCCUUAACUCAACAAUCUCAUUUUUGCACUUUUAACAAUGUCUUUCUCCUGUCUUUCAUAUACUCUACAUACUUAUUUGUUUGUUACAAUUUAUUACUGCCACUACUUUCCAAACUAGUUUAUCCUUUCCUUUUUAAUAAUGUAAUUAAGUACUACUACUAAUACUUUCCUUUUCCUUUAUUCUC